GGCCAGGUAAGUCCUCAUUUCAGCAGGCCACGUCAUACUUACUCGCUCGCAGACAGCAGCGAUGGAUCAGAAGGCAAGCGAGACUGACAAGGCCUACGAAGCACGAUUGGCGGCCCUCAUAGCCGAAGGCAAGCAACGGGCAGACGCAGCAGCAGCAGCACGGAAGAAGAAAGAAGCAGAGGCAGAGAAACAGCGUCUUCUGGCAGAAGAACAACGGCAGAAGCACGCGGCAGCAGCAGCCAAGGCCGCUGAUGAAGAACGCGUACGGCGACGCGAGACCAUAUUCAAGGAGGAAAGUGCAUUACACACACAGGCCAAGGAUUGGCAGAAGGAGGCCGAGAACGGCGAUCCCGUUGACAUCGGGAGCAGAGUAUCUCAGCUGCUCAACCGUGUCAUGGACCUCCUCGUGACUUGCAUCGCGCAGCAAGAGGAUAUCUACUCUCUCGACCACACCAACAAGGCGUUACAGCAGUCGCUGGACCAGACGCUCAAGCGCGUUCAACAACUGGAGCAGCGGGUCGCUAACGCCAAUGCCAGCGCCGGCCCCUCCGACCUCGCCGACCGCGUCAACAUCUUGGAGAUAGACGUGGGGACACUCAAGGCCGGGGCGCAACAACAUGUCUGCACCACCGCCGGCUCCAGCUCAACGCCACGUGAAACCAUUGUCAACUUUGACGGGCUUCCGAUCUUCUGUGACUCAUCGAAGACGGACCCCAUACCAUGGUGGCGUCAGUUCGAACUCAAGCUGGACCUUCGCCACGUAGUCGACGCAAACAAUCAUGCAUAUCUGUACUCCCGUUCGGGAGGAGCGUGUCAAGCAUGGCUGGAUAACAUGCUGUCUACACACGCAUGCACAGUCACCGAACUGCACAAGUACAUCAGCUGGGCAAAUCUCAUGGCGGCAUGGAAGAAGCGCUUCCAAGUGGAACCACCGGAGCACCUGGCGAUGGACAAGCUGCUGACGUUUUCGCAGAACAAUCUGCCAAGCGGUGACUGGAUUUCUGAGUUCCAACGCCUGGCUAGCACGCCCAAGUUGCCGAUGAACUUCGACGGCAUCAAGCUGUACUUCAUCAAGCGGUCGUGCCCUGCAUUGCAGAACGCGUUGACUCACGUCACGGACACCCUCACCACAAGUGAGGACCUCUUUAACAAGGCUGCGCAAAUCAUUGUGACGAAUUUGGCUGCCCGGAACACGGGCCCUUCGUCAUCUGCCGGCCAGGGCACGCAUCAGCAUCGGCCCAAGGUGGCCGUGGUCGCAGCAGUUACGCCUAGCGACCCCUCAACUUCUUCAAACGAGGCUGCAGAAUCUGAUCAGGGAGAUAGACUUGCAACUGCCCAGAAUGGUGGCCGCCCCGCCAAAGGACGAGGACGCGGCAAGCCGAAGACAACCACCAAUACUUCUUCUGGGUCUGGACAGGCAGCUCAAGAACAAGGACCUUGGACAGCAUACGGUCUAUCGCCACGCGCAUACCGCAUCCGCACCAAGUACCGUUAUUGCUUAUGGUGCAACAGCUCCGAUCACGAGGCAGCGAGUUGUCCCAAGAAGGCCAAGGGUCCCGCCCAGUCGGGAAAGCCGCAAGAUCGCUACAAGACCGCGUUCAAGACACGGUAUGGGCACUUCGAGUGGGUUGUUAUGCCUUUUGGACUCACCAACGCCCCGACGACUUUUCAAGUGGCGAUGACCAACGAGUUCCGAGCAAUGUUGGACCGGUUCGUGCUGGUCUACUUGGACGACAUCCUCGUCUAUAGCCGGACCUUAGAGGAACAUCUUGACCAUCUUCGACGAGUGUUGGAGACACUCCGGCGCGCCAAGUUCAAAGCCAACCGCGACAAGUGCGAGUUCGUGCGUCAAGAGUUGGAAUACUUGGGCCACUUCGUCACUCCACAAGGCAUCAGUCCGUUGUCGGACAAGAUUGAAGCCGUCCAAGAGUGGUCGGAGCCACGGAACGUCACGAAUGUACGAUCAUUCCUUGGCCUCGCCGGCUACUACCAACGCUUCAUCAAAGGCUACUCGAAGAUCACGGCUCACUUAACCAAGCUUCAAUGCGAGGACCGGCCGUUUGACUUCGGGACGGACGCGCGAGAAUCAUUCUUGGCCCUCAAGGCCGCCUUGCUUUCCGCGGAGGUAUUGCAGGUAUACGACCCGCUCCUGCCAACUCGCAUCACCACGGAUGCGUCCGGUUAUGGCAUUGGUGCUGUCCUCGAGCAACAUGACGGCGUGGAUUGGCACCCGGUCGAAUAUUUCAGCAAGAAAGUGUCGGUUGUGCACUCCAUCGACGAUGCACGCAAGAAGGAAUUUCUCGCCUUCGUCCACGCACUCGAGCGAUGGCGGCACUUACUCCUCGGUCGACGCCAGUUCCGAUGGGUAACGGACAACAAUCCGUUGGUGUUCUACAAGUCGCAAGACACCGUCAACAGCACCAUUGCCCGUUGGAUGGCCUUCAUCGACCAAUUCGACUUCUUUCCCGACCACAUUCCGGGGAAGUUGAACCGCUUCGCGGAUGCCCUUUCGCGGCGUCCGGACCACUGCACCGCGGCCUACUCAACCUUCGACUUGCGGGACAGCUUCAUCCGCGGCUAUCAAGCCGACCCCGAGUUUCGCGACAAGGAAGCGAUUGCCAUGGACAAUACCGGGCCGUUCCCCAAGCACAAGACGGGCGUGGACGGGAUUCUCAUGGUGGUUGACCGACUCACCAAGUUUGCCAUGUUAUUGCCUUGCCGCUACCAUGCCAAGGCACCGGAAUUGGCCGAGGUUCUCUACGCCGGUUGGAUUCGAACCAAGGGUUAUCCCAAGGAAAUCGUUUGCGACCGCGACACUCGGUUCAUGUCUGACUUUUGGUUGGCGCUCAUCAAGCGAUGGGGCUCUUCCCUCAAGCCAAGUUCGGCUCGCCACCCCCAAACCGAUGGCCAAACGGAGAGGGCACAUCAGACCGCACAGGUCCUUCUUCGCACUCUCAUCCGUACCGACCAAAAGGAUUGGGUCGAGCAACUGUCGGAUGUCGAGCUGGCUUACAACUCGUCUAUCCACCCGGCUAUCGGGAUGUCGCCGUUCGAGUUUGAGCAUGGCUCGCCAGUCAACUCUCCGUUGGACACAAUCAUGCCACGGACGACCGAGAGCGACGACCACCUUCUCUUCAUUCGUCGGAUGCAAGAGCUUCUUGUCAAGGCACGUGACCAGAUGGCAAAGAUGCAGCAACGUAUGCGCCAACAGGCCAACCGCCAGCGUCUUCCUUGUCCAUUCCGCGUCGGCGACCUCAACUUGAUGACUUUCCUGGGCGACGAUCGCAAGACCCACCCUCGAUGGACGGUUUCCAAGAGGUUGGCAACAUCAUAUCCCAGCGUCGUUACGACAACAGGCCGACUGAAUUUUUGGUCCACUUCGCAUAUUGCACCCAUAGAGCUGACCGAUGGCUGACUCGUGCAGAACUUCAGGCAACAGCGCCCGAUGCUCUCGCACGGUACGAACAGAAGUUGAAAGGCAAGCCGGCAUCUU